UCUUGCUGUUCAUUCCUGUUUGAUCCAUUUUUUUCCAAAAUCAACGGUUUUUAUUACAGAUUAAAAUCAACAGUUUUCUUUGCAGUUUCGCAACAACACCUCAAAAUGUCAAAACAAUUAACACCCGGAAUCAUUCGACAAAUUUGUGAGAAAGGGACACCACCACCCGCGAACACCGUCUUCCAAAUUGUCACCACAACUACAAAAGGAAAUUGGACUCAUCUCACAAUCAACGAUGGACACACUCAAUUAUCCAAUGUGAAGAUCAAAAAGGAUGUCUUAUCGGAAUCUUCACGUAUCGAACUGACCUACAUGAAGGUGACAAAUUCCAUGUCGUUUGGAACCCAAAAUGAUUAUCGAUUAACAAUUACUGCUUUUGAAAUCCUGGAGUCGGACGAACCUAAAAGGCUCAUUAAAGACCUGAAAAUUCCACCCAAAACUACGGUUUUAACGGCAAAAGCGGCCGGAUCCUAUUUUAAUGAUUCAACUACAACCGCAGUCUCCGAACAUCCAACCCCAACUAAACUGACGGUUGUGUUCAAAAUGCCUCCCCAUGCUACCAGCAGCUUCGGAAUGUCUCGCUCGUGUAUGUUUGCGGAUAAUACAGGAAGUAUUAUUGUAACCGCAUUCGGCAACCAAGUCAACAAAUUCGACCAAAUGAAAAUCGGACAAACAUACGUCUUCACCAAGUACGACCUAAAGCGCAUAAAUGACAGUUUCCGCUUUGACUCGACGGAAGAUGCGAACCUCUAUAUUACCGAGAAGACUGUUAUCGAACGAUGUACAGAAAUAUCAGUACCCAAAUCUGCGCUAUCCAAGUUAGCUGAUUCGUCAACUGAAGCAUUCAAAUCCUUGUCCAAAAACUACAUCGGAAUUGUCGAAAAAAUUCAGGAAAAGCAGGAAAAAAUUUUUAGCGGACGAACAAAGUUCAUGAGAAAUAUCACGAUUCGUGAUCAAGAAUGCUCCACACCAAUCACCUUGUGGGGCCAUUUAGCCGAAUACUUUGAUCAUGAUUACAUGUCGAAACCUGUCUACUUCAGCGGUAUUGUAUACAACGACAAGUACAAAACUCUCCAAACCCAGUGGAAAAAAACCUUUUUCCGUAUUUCAUUGACUGGUCAAGCACAAACACUUCUCACAUGGGCAAUCUCUGUGGGUUUCAUAGACGACGAGCUCGAAUGCCCGGAAAACACAACACAAAGGAAAAGACCUCCAACACCGGAUCCAAGCUCAUCAAAGCGAUCUACAUAAUACCAUAUAUGAUUUUACGUACACGAACUAAAUCAGGAAACCGAUACCGAAUUUUCAGAAAGCUACACAACCUCCUCAUAUUAUUACCACUAAUUUCAGCAUAAACGCCGAUCCGAUAACUGUGCCUUUUUUUAAUAUACUGUGUCCAAGCCGGAAGAAUAAUCUCAUUUUUUCACAUCUAUUCUAUUAAUAAUUAUAGCUUUCUUAGCAUCUAAAAUAACUGCGGAAUUGCCGAUCCGAUAACAUUUCAGCAUACAUGCCGAUGAGAUAGCUAAACGUUUUCUUUACUGUACUGUGUUUUAGCCGGAAGAAUAAUAGACGUGUGUACAUUUAACUUUCGAAAUUGAAGUACGCCGCGAUAAUACGUACGGAUGUAGAUCCCGUAAACUGGUUAUAUGAAUACUAAACAUCUCUUGCAGACC